GGUUUAUUCAGUCUUUAGCCAUUGAGCUUUGAGCAGCAACGGAAAGCUCACCUGUGUAUUAAUAAUGCAUUACAGCAGUCCUAUCUGUCAGAUCCUGUCAGUCUUUCACGGUGUGUAACAGUGCACAGUCACGGUGGGAUCUGGGUUACACUGCAGAUACUGCAAGAUUGUGACUGAUUUGUUUUUGCCUGACAAACAUGGAGCUGAUCGGUUCGACACAACUGGCAACAUACACACGGCCCAAGAGCAGUAACUUCCUGCCAGCCAUCUCCACAACAGCAUCUAACUACAGAAGCCUCCAGCCGACCCUCACUACCAACCAGAACUCCAACUGGAGGACUAACAUGUACUUCAGGAGUGGGAGUGCUAUUCCUGCCAUCCUCCCCAUAUCUCAAAGCAAAAACCUGGGCCUGGUUCGGGCCAAGACUAUGUUCUACCCAUCCAACAGGACUGCACUAAUGACACGCUAUACACCAGAUGACUGGUACAAGUCCAACCAGAACAACUACAGAGAGUCAGAGUCCUCCAGGAAGAGUGCAGAGAGGCUGAGGAAGGACACGAUCCAGUUGAUCCAAGACCGGGAUCAGUUCACACGCAGGACUCAGGAGAACACCAGCAGGAACCUAGGGGAGAGGCUCAACGAUAUCAGCUUCUGGAGGUCUGAGCUGUGCCACGAGAUAGACAACAUGGUGACGGAGAUAGCGGCGCUGACGGAGGUGAAAAGAAGACUGGAGAGAGCGCUUGCUGAGACCGAGGGGCCACUGCAGGUGUCCCAGGAAUGCUUGUUUCAUCGAGAGAAGAGGAUGUCCAUCGACCUGGUACAUGAUGAUGUUGAAAAAGACCUGAUCAAGGAAGUGGAGGUGAUAAAGUCGUGUCAGGAGAGAAUGAGGAGGAACUUGGACAAAGCCAUUGCACAGCUGGCAUCAAAUCGAGCAGCGCAGCAUGAACUGGAAAGAGAUUUAAACGAUAAGGUCGCAGCUCAGCGUAUAGACGACAGGUGUCAUCAGCUGAGAAACACCUCAGACGGCAUCAGCUACUACAGAGGCAUCGAGCGUCUCGAUCCCUCUCUGAGCUUGCCUGACUCGUGGUCAAAGUUCACAGACGACAACAUCCUGCACUCUCAGAGUGAGCGUGCGGCGUCACACAAGCUCCGUGACGAGAUCGAGGUGCUGCUCAACAUCACCUCCAACGAGAUGUGGAACCAGUUCAACACCGUUAACAUAGCCUUCACCAACCGUAUCUCUGAAAUGGCUGAUACCAAGAACAACCUGCAGGCUCACUUGGCCAAGACCCUUCAGGAGAUCUACCAGACUGAGAUGCUCAUUGACACCUUGAAAAAGGCGAUUCGUGAUAAGGAGAACCCUCUCAAAGUAGCUCAGACCCGUCUGGAGGAGAGAACCCGUAGACCCAACGUGGAACUCUGCAGAGACAACCCAUAUCAUAGGUUGGUGAGUGAAGUGAGAGAGAUUGAGGACACGAUUCAUACUCUGAGGGAGCGACUAAUGGAGGCUGAAAACACUCUUCAGAACCUGGUGAAGACCAAAGUGGCUCUGGAGCAUGACCUUUCCAUCAAGGCCAACUCGCUCUUCCUGGAUCAGGAGAAAUGCAUGAGCAUGAGGAAGAGUUUUCCCAGCACCCCACGCCUGGUGGGAUAUACAUAGAGUCCGGUCUUCCUUUCAUGCUAACACAGCUCCAGGUUUCUAUACCCAAGAUUUAGAAAUUAAAUAUUAUUAUGGGAAAAACCUCAUUUGUUAAUGGCUAAUGAAAGGAAAUUAGCAAUAAUUACAAUUAGCAUUAAUUACAGUACUCCCUAAAGGAAAAUGUAAAGAAUUUCUUACACGUUUGCAGCUUUAAUACAUUUGUUUUGAGUUUAAAAUCAUUUUACAUAUGAAAGAUUCAAAUAAAGUAUUUCUGAUGAAUUGGCGCAUUAAUUAAAUAGUCUACAAUCACCAAUGAAUUCAUCUAUCAUCUAUCUAUCUAUCAUAAUUGUAGUCAAAGCUCAAACUUAUUUUAGCAUAUUAUGUCCAAAGUAUGUCCAAUAUCCGAGGGGAUGGGUAUAAAUGGAGAACAAAAUUGGGCCCAAGAGAGAACCUUGAGCAGUUCCAAACCGGUAACAAUCUGUUAAAUAAGUAAACUUACUGAGAGUUUUUCUGCUUAUUUAGACUUUCACUGGCCAUUCUCAGAAUCAAUUGACUGUAGUGUGAGAUUGUCUCAUGACGCUUAGAUGUUAGCUUUGUUAAUUCACUAUAAACAAGUGACUGGUGCUAAUUCUCACCUGUAGGUCUGAUGUUACAAAAGCCCAGAAAUAUCCUGUUGUAGCUAAAUAACUGGACUCUCAGAUUGUUGUUACAAACAAACUUGAUGCUAAUCUUGUAUUGGCUCAUCCUGCUACCAUAUAACCUAGACUAGCUAGUUUAUUAGCAACACAUACUUGAAAAAAAUGUACAAGUUUAUAAUCAAGGACUCUUUCAAUCUCCAUUCUUCCUAUUAAAAGCUGUUUAAACCUA